CCCUACCCCCAACCCUAACACUAAAUCACACACAUAUCUGUGUGUGUGUGUGUGUGUGUGUGUGUGUGUGUGAGAGAGAGUGAGUGUGUGUGUGUGUGUGUGUUUAUUUCUGCAUAAAUAUUUUGACUAAAAGUAAUGUUGAAGGCUCCACUGCAGGUGUCUAACUCAGUGUGUGUGUGUGUGUGUGUGUGUGUGUGUGUGCAGUAGUUCGAUGGCUAAGUGUGUGAGAGCACACAGUGUGUCGGGGCAUCCUGAGGGGCCGUACCGGGCGGUGCAGUGUGUGGACGGUUUGGUACAGCAGGAGUUAGAGGGCGUGGACACGUUGGAUAAACUAUUCUGUUACGCAGUGAGCAGGUUCACAAACUCACCCUGUGUAGGCAGCAGGGAAAUCCUCUCCCAGGAUAAUGAGACACAACCUGAUGGCAAAGUCUUCCAGAAGCUGGUCCUGGGUGAGUAUAAGUGGAAGUCUUACGAGGAAGUUGAUCACCACAUAAACUUCCUGGGCCGCGGUCUGUCUGCUUUGGGUCAAAGGUCACGCCGCUCAAUCGCCAUCUUCUGUGAGACGAGAGAGGAGUGGAUGAUCACAGCGCAGGCCUGCUUCAGAUUCAACUACCCAUUGGUGACACUCUACGCUACACUUGGUGAAGACGCUGUAGCCUUUGGUUUGAAUCAAUGUGAAGCCACACACCUCAUCACUAGCAAGGAACUGCUAGAAACCAAACUGAAGGCAGUGUUGCCAGAUGUUGUGGGUCUGAAGCAUGUGAUAUACGUGGGCAGUGGGAGUGUGUCUGUGGAAAAUUACCCACAAUCCCUCAGCAUCCACAGCUUACAGGACGUGAUGGAUUUCGGAGCCAAACCUGAGAACUUGAAUGUGCAGUCUGACAGCCCGUCUCCGGCUGAUCUUGCGGUGGUGAUGUACACUAGCGGAUCAACAGGUCGUCCUAAAGGAGUGAAGAUGCACCACAGUAACCUCAUUGCUGGAAUGGCUGGCCAGUGCCAGAGAAUUCCGGGUCUUGGGCCUGAGGACGUAUAUGUUGGUUAUCUUCCAUUGGCUCAUGUUCUGGAGCUGACAGCAGAAAUAUCCUGUCUGAGUCACGGGUGCCGGAUUGGAUACUCCUCACCACACACACUCUCAGACCAGUCCAGUAAAAUAAAGCGAGGCAGUAAAGGAGACUGCACUGUCCUCAAACCCACUCUCAUCGCUGCUGUUCCAGAGAUUAUGGACCGUAUCUAUAAGAAUGUAAUGAGUAAGGUAUCAGAGAUGAGCACACUACAGAGGGUGCUGUUUAAUAUGGCCUACAAAUACAAAGUACAGCAGCUGGAACACGGAGCAGAUACACCCAUAUGUAACACGAUGGUGUUUAAGCGUAUAUCCAUGUUGUUGGGAGGGCGUGUGAGGUUGAUGCUCAGUGGUGGAGCUCCCCUUUCUCCUGACACACACCGUUUCAUCAAAGUGUGUUUCUGCCCCGUCAGCAUUGGUUAUGGCCUCACAGAGACCUGUGGGGCAGCAACCAUCUCAGUGUUUUCUGAUUGUACCACAGGACGUGUUGGGGCACCACUAAUUUGCUCUGAGCUCAAACUGCGAGACUGGGCUGAGGGAGGAUACACCAGUCAGGACAAGCCCCAUCCCCGAGGUGAGAUUCUGAUUGGUGGGCCGAAUGUUGCCAUGGGAUACUACGGAAAGGAGACUGAGGGAGAGAGCGGGGAAUUCUGGGUAGAUGAGGCAGGGCAACGCUGGUUCUGUACAGGUGAUGUAGGGGAGGUGCAUCCUGAUGGCUGCUUGCAAAUAGUUGACCGUAAGAAGGACUUGGUGAAGCUGCAGGCAGGUGAAUACGUUUCUCUGGCAAAGGUGGAGGCGGCACUGAAGAACUGUCCACUAAUUGACAACAUCUGUGUCUUUGCUAACAGCAAUCAGAACUACAUCAUCAGCUUUGUGGUGCCCAAUCAGAAGCAACUGACUGAACUUGCCAAUAAGAAUGGGAUUAAGGGAAAGUGGGAGGAGCUCUGUAAUCAUGCUACCCUGGAACAGGAAGUCCUAAAAGCUAUUAAAGGGGUUGCUACAACCAAUAAGCUGCAGAGGUUUGAGGUUCCCAUAAAGGUGCGUCUCAGCUCUCAGGCCUGGACUCCGGAAACAGGACUCGUUACUGAUGCAUUUAAGCUAAAAAGAAAAGAAUUACAGACACACUACAAACAUGACAUCGAGAGGAUGUAUGGAGCCAAAUAAUACACACACACACACACACACACACACACACACACACACACUGGAUAUACUGUAGGUACUUGUAUGUAGAGAUCGUGUGCUGCCCCCUGGUGGAUCCAUAUCAUCACUCUCAAUAUUUAGUUUAUAAAAUGGUGGACGGAGUAACUUUUUCUGAAUUGAUAUAUUUAUUAAAUAUUCACAUUUUAAAAAAUCCAUUGGAUUAUUUUAGUAACAUGCACAUGGGGUCCGUGUUUCACUAAACGAAAUGAGUUUAUUAUUCCUCUAAGGAAAUAUUCCUGACAUGUAGAUUAUUUCUUUUCCUAAAUGGCUGUAUUUAUAUAAAGAAUUUGUGUGUGUGUGUGUGUGUGUGUGUGUGUGUGUGUGUAAAGUUGACAUGUUCUGGAUGAACUGGAAAUACCAGGUGUGAGAUAAUGGAGGUUAAUUUGCUUUAUACCAUGUUCAAUUCCUCCCACCCCAUGUUUUCAUGCCUGUUAGCCACAUUAGCAUAUCUGAUCAAUUCACUAGUCUUUAUAUUGGAUAUGUUUAUUUUGAUACGAAGUACAUGUUUAUGACCUCUGAACCGGGUCUUGUUUCAAUUCAGCUGGUUUUAAAGUGUGCACUUUUGUGAUUUUUAUAAAGAAUAAAGAUUUUGCUACCAAUAUUCA